GCGUCAAACCUCCGCUCUCACUCCCCUCCUCCUUUUGUCUUACUCUACGACGCUAGGUGCCGCCCGGCUGACGGAAAGAUUUUUGUUGUUGCCGUAGUCAGACGUUCUCUUCGUGCAAUAUUCAUUUUAGUUGCACAUUUCGAUCCCAACCAAGGAGAUAGAUGCUAAUAGACAGUCCACUCCACAGCUCCGCUCCUUCAAAACCCAAACCGCAAUCUUCGAAGUAACUGACGGGUGCAACACGGCGAGAAGGCAGCAUCAGCAGCAGCAGCCGCAGCAACCACAACACAACGAGAAGAAGAAUGACAUGAACGGCAACAUCCCGACCACCUGGAGCUACGAAGAAGCCGCACGCACCGUCAACGCACCUCCUCCUGCCUCCGAGACCACCAGUAAGCCCGUAACUUCACCUCAGCACAAGUCCAUAAACGCGACCCCCAUGGCCGUCCUCACAGCCUCACGAACCAGCGCUGGGCCCCUCCCCGUUGAAAACCCAGCACCCUCAAACGGCGCCGACACCACCGGCUGGCGGACGAACCCGCACGCGACCCCCAACAGCAAGACAUCGCAAUACAUUGACAAAAUCACCGCCGAGAACGAGCGCCUACGCAGAGAACUCAAGGCCGAGCGCCUCGCGCGAGAAGACGAGGCAAAGCGGGUCUCGGCCGCCAAAGUCAAAGCCGAAGACUCGCGCGCCGAGCAGCAACAUCUGCAAGUCCUCGCAGAUGCGAAUGCGAGAGCCAUCGAGCGGAAAGACCGCAAGAUCGAGGAGUUGAAGGCUGCGUUGGAGGCCGAGAGCAAACGGCGGCAGGCGGCGGAGAGUAAAGCCGAGGAAGCGCUGAGGUUACUCGGGGAGAACCGGUCGCAAACGCAGGCGCAGUUGGCGCAGGCGUACGAGAGUAUGCAUCGGGCGGAUACGAGUGCGCUGGCUGCGAAGGAUGGCUAUGACAGGAAGAUUAAGGCGUAUGAGGAGCUGGUGAAGGGGAUGAAGAAGGAUAUCAAGGAGUUGAAGAGGCAGAGAUUGGAGGACGACGAUCGGAUUAAGAGACAGGGAAUCAUCAGUGACCAGUUGCAGCAUGAGGUCUCGCGGACGUUGGCCAGGGAAGGGGCGAUGCGGAAUUUGAUGGAGGAAUAUAAAAAGGAGAAGGAGAAGGAAGUGGAUGAGCUGGUGGAGGAGGCGGAGAGGAUGAGGAGAUCAUUACCGGAGAAGGAGAGGGAAGCCGAGGAGUUGGUGAGAGAGCUGCGAGAGGCGAGGGAUAAGAUGAAGUGGGUUAUUGCGCAGCGGAGAAGGCAGGAUGAGGAGGGGGAUUGAAGAGGCGCUGCUUGCGGGUCGGGUAGGCAUGUCGAGGGUCAUGCGCAGAAGCACCAGUAACGACGUAACGAUCACACAGCACACAUCACACAGCAUACAGCACACACUACCCCUCUUCCGUACAGUUCUUCUUGGUUUAGAUAUUCGGACAUGUACCAUAUCUGGCUCGGCGUUCCAUGGAGCAUAGU